UAUUUCUUUAACUGGUUAGGUAUGAUCCAGGCACUUGGAGGGUUCUUCACAUACUUUGUAAUUCUUGCUGAGAAUGGUUUUCUUCCAAUUGACCUUCUUGGAAUUAGAGUAGAUUGGGAUGACAGAUACUCUAAUGACCUUGAAGAUAGUUAUGGCCAGCAGUGGACCUAUGAGCAAAGAAAGAUUGUGGAAUUCACAUGUCACACAGCCUUCUUUGCUAGUAUUGUAGUUGUACAGUGGGCAGAUUUGAUCAUCUGCAAAACAAGAAGAAACUCUGUGUUCCAGCAGGGAAUGAAAAAUAAAAUUCUUAUAUUUGGCUUGUUUGAAGAAACAGCAUUGGCUGCCUUCCUUUCAUACUGCCCUGGAAUGGAUGUUGCUUUAAGAAUGUACCCCUUGAAGCCCACAUGGUGGUUCUGUGCAUUCCCAUAUUCUCUGCUUAUCUUCAUAUAUGAUGAAAUCCGAAAGCUCAUUAUUAGACGAGCCCAGGAGGGAUAUUGCAGUCGGACAAUGGUUAGUUUUUCAGCCUCAUGA